AUGUCUAAAAAAUUCGAUAAGAAGAGUUCACAGAGAUACGUUGUGGUGCAUAGACCCCAUGAUGACCCCCAUUUCUACGACGAGGAUGCUAGUAAGCAUAUUCUGGUUCCUGUUACAAACCCAAAUGAGAGACAUGGCAAAGGCAAAGGUGUUGACGUAUCUGCUUUGCCCAGUUUGAUGGGAGCUUCUAAGAAGAAACCGUCCGUUGACCUUGCAAAUGACCAUGUUGGCGAGGCUGCGUUGUAUGGUAUCACUUUCGAUGAUUCCAAGUACGAUUACACGCAGCAUUUGAAACCUAUUGGUCUAGACCCUGCAAACUCAGUGUUUAUUCCCUCUAAGGACGAGGCGAAAGAAGUCCCUAAGAAGAACAUCGAGGAUCUGUUUGUGGAACCCAGUUAUAGAUCGACGAGUGACGUUGCUCCCGUCGCUGUGUUCCAAAGAGGCGUGGCCACUCAGGAGUACUUGAAACAUCAGGAGGAUGCGGCGAACGAGAUCAGCGGGUUCAGACCAGACCUGGACCCGUCUUUAAGAGAGAUCUUGGAAGCAUUGGAUGACGAAGCAUAUGUGGUCAAUGAGGAUGUCGACGUCACAGAAGCUAUCAAGAAGAAAGGUGCAGAUGCCAAGAAACUGGAACAACAGCUGGCGGUCGAACAAGACGACGACUUCUUUUCAGAACUAUUGGCAGGUGGCGAAGCUGAAGACGAGGAAGAUGUCGCCAACGAAUGGGAUAUUGAUGCAGAAAUGAACGCGUAUGAGGAUGAGCACUACCAGGCAGAGUUAGCCCAGUUCGACGAUAUCAACAACUUGGAGGACUUGCAAGAAAUGCACUACCAGGCAGAUGUGAUGAGGUUCCAAAAGGAUCGCAAGCACAAUGAAGACCUGUCCGGCGAUGAGCUCUCCCAGGAUGACCUGGAAAGCGUAGAUCCCCAGGAUGAAGUGGAAGAAGAAGAUGGAGACUUCGUUGGAGCUCUGCCAGAUUUCUCUAAAACCAAAAAAGUAUCGGGUAGCAAGAAGAGAAAAGACCGUCACAAAAAGGGUGCCAUGUCAGACAUCUCUGGGUUCUCCAUGAGUUCCAGUGCCAUUGCCCGUACAGAAGUGAUGACUGUGUUGGACGACCACUACGAUACCAUUAUCACCGGUUACGAUAACUACGAAGAAGAGCAAGAACUCGAUGAAGAAGAAACAACCCAACCAUUCGAUAUGGAGGCCGAGCGUGGAGAUUUCGAGUCCAUGUUGGAUGAUUUCCUAGACAACUACGAGCUAGAUAACAGUGGCCGUAAACUGGUCAAGAAGAGUGCCGAAAGAGACCGUCUGAAAGAGGCUGCUGACGAAGUCAGCAAGGGUAAGCUGUCGAUGAGAAGAAAACGUGAACAGAAAAAGAACCAGAAUCAAAAACCAAACGGUCUCGCCGGCUUGUCCAAUAGCUUAAACGGUUUACAUUUAUGA